UGAGAGAGAAGACGAGAGAGAGAGAAGCAGGAAAACGCGUCAGUCUAAGCAGUGGCAGUGGUGAGUUCGGUCGAGGAGUAAAAGGCAGUCUUGGGCUCACUGUUUAUGCAGAGCUAAGGGUGACAAUGACCUGGCUGAGACGCUGUGCGGAGACUGCGAUGGUGACGAUGGUGAUACUGAUAGUGACGACAGAGAAGCGGAUUCACGCAUUCAACUUGAACACCACUAUGGCUCGUGUUGGAACCGGUCCUCGUGACUCCGACUUCGGCUUCAGCGUUGCCCUCUGGUCUGAUUUAAAAGGGGAAAAGAGUCUGGUCGUUGGAGCCCCAAAGGGAGGGAACGCGACCAUUAGCAAAGGGAAGCCACCCAUGGGGAACAUCUUUAUAUGUGACUUUCAAGAGAUGUCCUGUGAACCUGACCCUCGCCUUCCCUCAGGUAUCGGACAGCGACAAGAGUAAACCUGCCUUGGACCUCCCCCGUCCUCUCCCCAUGGCUUUUGGACAAACUUUAAGUACCCUGAACAGAAAUUUCUCGCAUCUAGCUGCUUGUGCACCAAACUACCCGAGGCUUGAGAACGGAUACCAGACGCGUGGGGCUUGCUUUGUGCUGGAGCAUCGUGAGGCGCCGCCCAAGAAGAUUAUAAUGUUCAAUGCAACAGCCGGGAAAGACCACACAUAUCAAAACGCCAUGGCUGGUUUCAGCGCUCAGCUGUUUUCAAAGGGCAGUGUUCAUAUUGUGACAGGUGGACCGACCGCAUAUUACCUCGAAGGUGUGGUGAACGUCAAGGGCCUCUCGAGCGCCGGCGUGGGUUCUGUCAACCGCUUCAGAAAUUCGACUUUCGACAAGUUCUCCGACGGCACUUACCAGCUCGGAGGGACGUACGAAGGCUGGCAGGUGGCGGCAGACAAGUUCGACGGAGAGCAGGUGUUCAUCGCGGCGUCGGUGGUCAAUUUCGGGAAAUAUACCGGGAUGGUGAAAUUCUACCCGACCUCGCUCAAGCCCGUCCUGAAGACCCUGGAAGGCCGCGAGACCGGAGCCAAGUUCGGGUACAGCCUGGCGUCGGGAGAUUUCGACGGAGACGGCGUGUCGGAUCUCGCUGUCGGGUCGCCGCUCUGUCAGGGGGAAAAGGAGGCGCCCGAUGCAGGAGGCGUGUCCGUGUUUUACUCGCCGCUGAAGAAGAGCGCGUCGCAGAAACGGCAGGAGGUCAAAGGUCAGAUUGCAUGGGCGAGAUUCGGCUUGGCUCUGACCUCGCUCGGAGACGUCAACGCCGAUGGAUACGAUGACCUAGCUGUCGGGGCCCCUUACGAGGAAGGUGGAGGUGCUGUGUAUAUCUUCAACGGCGGUUCAAGCGGCCUUCGCCCUCAGCCGUCUCAGGCACUCCGCGCGUCCGAUUUCGCAGGUAGCUUGAGAGGCUUUGGCUUCAGCUUAGACGGCGGCAUAGACAUGGACGAAAACGGCUAUACGGACGUGGCGAUUGGCGCUCUGGGGGCCGAGUCAGCUCUGCUUGUCAGAUCCGCCCCGGUUGUCACCCUCGUCGGCAACUUCAGCUUCGAGUCGGACUCCAUCUUCAUCGAGGACAAGGAAUGCAUGAACGAAGAGGCAGGCUACAAGACGAAGAGGGGCAUGUGCGUCAGGCUCAACGUCCGCAUGGGUUAUAAGGCCAAGGCGUCGCUGGGGAAUCUCGCCAUGUUCUUCCGCCUCACUCUGGACGGCCAAGACAGCGCUAAACAACACGUGUUUAAGAGUAAUAAUGCGCACAGCUUUGAACGCACAGCGGAUGUUCCGUAUGGGGGGAAGUAUUCAGCUUUUGGUGUCGAGGUUUUUUCAAAAUCCAACCAAUCUGUCGCCAACCAGGCACUCCGCGCUUCAUUAUCGGUGUAUCUUCUUCCUCCAAGUGAGUCAGAAGGGCGUGAGGACGUGGUGCCGCCUAUUCUGGAUGCCCUGAGCCCCACCAACUUCAGUGCCUCCGUCGUGUUCACCUGCAGGAACGAUGCAACGUGUUUUUCCAAGCCUAAGUUGACUCUUGGGGGAAGGGCGGAAACCCUCAUAGUCGGCAAAGACAAAUUGGACGUGGAUAUCCAGCUGAGGGUGAGGAACCAGUCAGCCCACGCGGUCGAGAUCCACAUCCAACACCCGACGCCCUUGAAGUACCUGUCGGCGAAGGGGCAAGGGGUUCGGCCCCCGGACUGCCGGUACCAACAUUUGAUCGGCGUCCUUAAUCCAACGUCGCUCCUGUGUACGUUCAGGUUCAUCGAGGUGGAUGAUGAGGUGAACUUCACACUGGUCUUCACUCACGACCCCGAGUCCCUGAUGAACUUACUCGAACACUCGACCUUAAGCGUGCAUUUGACAGCCACGAGCGACGGGGUUGACAGCACCAACAGCUUGAACAACGGCUACAGCAUCGCGAUUCCUACGGCGCUGGAAUCCGUGCUCUACACUGCAAGCGCCUCACAGGUAGACUCGAUAUCCGUCAAAGUCAACCUGUCCACGACCAUGAACGAGAUCGAGGAAGCGAGGGCCAACGACAUCCCGGUGUCCGUCGACCGCCUCGGGCCCCAAAUACAGCACGAGUUCUUCCUGGAAAACCGGGGCCCCUCGCCGGUCAAGGACACGAAGCUGGAACUGUUGCUGCCGAUUUUCGCCAGCGGAAGACAAGUCACUUACCUGUACCGACAACCCAUUACUUCGGGACCCGUCAGGUGCUCAAGGCUGUCGAUAAAUCCACUGUCACUGGAGCCCCCAGGUCACGGAAACUACCUCCCUACACCCCCCCAUUCCGCGCUGACCCAGGGAGAAGAAACCGCCUUUGUUGAACUGCAGCCGGAAGAGGUUCAAAGUCGUCGCAAGAGGACAGCCGAAGAACCUACCACCCAGUACCUCUACUCCGACUACUAUACAGACUACCAGGACUACUACUACUACAACUACAACUAUUACGGCAACGCACCGCUCUCUGAGGGACAGGACACGCCGGCGACCAUCCCAGAGAAUGACGUGACUAAACCACAAAGCCAGGAUGAUUCGCUGCACAAACUGAUAUUCUGCGAUGAACCGAGAUGCAGAAUCACAUGUGACAUACCCCUUCUCCUGGCCGAAGAGAAAGUCAGAAUUAUCAUACCAAGUUAUAUAGCCAUAAGAGAACUCGACCAGCUUGGCUAUCGCAAGUUCAGGCUGCUGUCCGCUGCGCGUGUGAAUGUCACCCAGGAGAACCACACGCUGAUUAAUCCCAUUGCUGCUGCAGAGACGUUGGUGGCUCUCAUCAGCCCUCAGAGCGUGGGCUUCGACUCCAUUCCGCUGUGGAUUCUCCUCCUGGCGGUCCUCUUCGCCCUCGCCAUCAUCCUACUCAUCAUCGCCGGGCUGUGGAAGGCUGGCUUCUUCAAGAGGAACCGCCCACCUACAGGAGACAAGAGAGAAAGUCUCAUACAUCAGGAAUUCACCAUCUGUAGACCUGACACAGACCUCGACGAGUUGCAGCCUCCACAGAACUCGAUAUAGGCAGUUCCAGGACGCUCAUUGCAGACUGUUGCAAGAUAUGACUGUGCGGAGAGGGAAAGGAGGCAGAAAGAGGGAGUGGAUUAGAGCACCCAGGCUCGCAGGAGAAAAUGUGGAAGGGAGUGGGUGAGAGAAAUGUUAAGAUGAGGUUGAGGAUGAGGAUGAGGAUGAAGGAGGAGGAGGAGGAGGAGGAG